GCAGCUUGCCACUAACUCCACCUUCUCCGUCUUCCACAGAAACAAGCGAUGCUGGUGUGGCAGCUGGAGGAGGAACUGCGGCACCACAAGAACCUCGGCCCCAGCCUGGAGAAACAAGCGAUGUUGGUGCGUCAGUUGGAGGAGGAGCUGCGGCACCAGAAGACUCGGGGCCUCAGCGUGGAGGUGCAGAGCCAGCUGGAGAACCUGUCCACCGAGAACGACCACCUCAACCGUGAAGUGGCCAUCCUGAGGGAGACCAUCAAGCAAACAGAGAGGCGGUGUGCCAAAGAGGUGCAGGGUCAGCUGGGCACGCACGACUCCCUCAUCACGGAAAACGAUCGCUUAAACCGCGAGGUGUGCAUCUUACGGGAGGCCGUCAAGGAGUUAUGGACUAUGAGAAAUCGCUUGUCACUGGAGUUGGAGCUGAGAAUAGAGACCCAAAAACAGACUUUAGCAGCGAGAGACGAGAGUAUAAAAAAAUUAUUGGAAAUGCUGCAGCAGAAGGGAAUAGGUGAUAAAAAUAUAGAUGAGGAAGGGUCAGUAGAGUUGGAACAAAUGCGGGCGCGCCUAGUGGAGACCCAGAAUGAGAUGGACCAUGUGAGGGACAUACUACACCAGCGGGAGGACGAUUGUGAGAAACUUCGCCAGGAGGCCCUGGAGGCGGCGGAGCGGCUGCGUCGCGAGCACGACCAUAGCUUCGCGGGGUCGUGGGGGCUCAACGGCCCUGCUACUGAUGCCGGUACUUCGGCCACACUGACGGCGCUGUUGGAGACCAAGGACGCGCGUAUCCUUUCGCUGGAGCGUGAGGUGGCGCUCCUGGAGGGGGAGGUGGCCAUGGCCAGAGAGUCGGGAGGGGCGGGCCUAGGGGGGGGCCUCAUCGGAGGUGGCCUGUCCGGCUCUCGCUGGGGCUCCCGCGCCUCCCUAGUCACGCCUCCGCCCACCGAUGACUCACGCCUCCUCCAGGUGCUGCAGGAGCGGGAGCGCAAAGCUAAGUCGCAACUGGAGGAGUCUCGGCUGGAGAUCCAGAAGCGGGACCAGGAGAUCCUAGCACUGUCGGCCAAGAUGAAGACUCUCGAGGAACAACACACUGACUACCAGCGACACAUCACCGUGCUCAAAGAAUCCCUCUGUGCCAAGGAGGAACACUACAACAUGCUCCAGGCUGAUCAGCAUUCCCCCGGUCUCCUUCGCCAGGUGGAGGAGUUACGUCAGCGCCUGGAGGAGAAGAAUAAGACCAUCGAGAAGAAGACCCAGCAGGCGCUGCAGACCACUCAGGAGAGGAACAAACUCAACUCAGAGCUCACCGAACUCCGCGACCACAUGGAUAUCAAGGACAGGAAGAUCAAUGUCCUGCAGAGGAAGAUUGAGAACCUUGAGGAUUUGCUCCGUGAGAAGGACAACCAGGUGGACAUGGCCCGGGCCCGGCUGACAGCGGUGCAGGCCCACCACUCCACCUCAGAGGGCGCCCUCACCUCCCUGGAGGAGGCCAUUGGCGACAAGGACAAACAGAUCCAACAGCUGCGAGAACAGCGAGACAGGGCAGAGCAGGAGAGACACCAGGAGCAGUCUUUACACGAACGUGACAUCGCCGAGUUCAAGAUGAAGCUGCACACGCUCGAGGGCGAGGUGGAGAAGCUACAGGUCCGUCUUGAACGUUCUCUAGCUGAGAAGGACAAGCUAGAAGCCAAGCUAGAGUCCAGUCAGUCUGAGUUAGGCAAAGCUAAAGCCGAGCUUGAGAAGAUGCACGGGGAAGUGGGCAAGAGCACCAGCGAUUAUGAGUCCUAUCGCCACCGACUCACCAAAAUCGAGAUGGAGAAUGAUCGCCUAAGGACAGAGAAUGAGCGGCUGCACCACGACCUGGAACGUUCCCACCCGACCUACGGCCGUUCCUCCGUCCCCGGGGGCUCGGCAGGUGAGGUGGAACGCCUGCAGGAGAAGCUUGACAAGUGCCAGGCAGAACUGCGCCGUGCACAGACUGAGCUGCGCAUGAACCAAGCCGACUACGAGCGGUCCCAUGUGGAGGUAAAGGUAGAGCAGCUACAGGAGAAGGUGGAGAAGGCCCAGGGGGAGAUCUACCGGCUGAAGGCGCGGCUGGAGAACGCCCAGAGUGAGAAGGACAGCGUGCAAGAGGAGCUGGAGCGAGCCCAGGCUACCGUUGCCCGCCAGCACAGUGAGCGGGAACGAUGGGUUAACGAGGUGGACAAGCUUCGGGAGGAGCUGGAACGGUCUCAGGCUACUGUGGGUAAGGCGCAGAUCGGCCAGGAGAAGACCCAGGCCUCCCUCGACAAGGUCCAGUCCGAGCUGGACCAACUGCAGGAGCGUUACGAGAGGCAGAGCGCCGAGAUCCGCAGGGUUCAGGCAGAGCGUGAGAAGCAUGCCUACGACUACGAGCAAAUCCAAAGCCAACUGGACAAGGCUCAUGGUCAGAAUGCCCGGCUCUCCAAGGAACGCGAGGCAGCGCAGCACGAAACGGACAGACUACGAGAGAAAUACGAAAAGGCUCAGACACAGAUGGCUCGCAUGCAGAAAGAACGGGAGGCGGCCACCAGUGAGGUGGAGGCGCUUGCCGAGAAGGUGGACUUGCUGCAGGCGCAGCUGGGCAAGGCUCAGAGGGACCGGGAGAACGCGUACGGGGACCUGGAACUGCUGAAGGAAAAGUACGAGAAGACCUCAGCCCAGACGCAGAAACUCAUGAUGGAACGAGAUGACCGUGCAACUGAAGUCGACAUUCUUAAGGAGAAGCUAGAAAAGGCCCAGUCACAAGUCACACGAGCUCAAGAUGAAAAGGACGUUGCCAAUCGGGAAUUCGAGAGGGCAUUAGAGAAGUUUGAUAAGUCACAGAGCGAAAACUUCCGUCUACAAACCCGCUUGGAAUCCGCACAAGCAGAACAGGAACGCCUUCAGGUUGAAAUAGAAAAGACUCAGGUUCUCUUUAAUAAGAUCAAAGAUGAGAAGGUCAAACUACAAGAAGAUUAUGACCGCAUACAAGAGUCCUAUGAUCGUUCAAGUCUCCAGUGUGUUCGAGCUAAAGAGGCUGAAGAAAAAUUAAAAGAGGAAAUUGAAAGACUUAAUGUAGAUUUGACUAUUCUCAGAGAGCGUUACGAUAAGACCACAGUUGAACUUCGUCGAGUUGGCAGUGAGAAAGAAAAAUUACAGAAUGAUGUUGAUCAGUUAACAUUUGAACUUGAGCGAGCCCAAGCACAAUAUGGCAAGGCACAGAAUAGCCAAGAAAAAAGUCAGGAAGAAAUUGCCAGAUUACAGAUUGAGGUUGAAAAAUACAAAGAUAAAUAUGAAAGAAACACGUUGGAACUUAGUAAAGUCCGCAAUGAGAAGGAAAAAUUACAGCAGGAGUGUGAGAACAUACAAGCCGAAAUGGACCGAGUUCUGGUGCGAAUGGGAAAAUAUCAGGACAAUACAGAACGGACAAAAGAAGAUUAUGAAUUACUGAAAAUUGAGGUGGAAAGGGUGAAGGACAAAUUGGAGAAGACUCAGAAGGACUUUGAGAGAGAGUCCAUAUUGAGGGAGAAGUACGAGUUGGAGGUGACUAAGCUCAAGAGUGAAAUGGACAGAGCGGAUCAACAGAGAGGUAAAUAUCAACUCGAUUAUGAGAAGAAUAAACAGGAUGUAGAGAAGACGGCAAGUGAAAACGAGCGGUUACGAGAGAGGUACGACACCAGCCAGAUUGAUUUACAAAAAGAAAAACUUCUAAAUGAAAAACUCUCAGAGGAAAUUGAAAGUAUGAAGGCAGAGCUAGAUAAAACACAGUCGAGAGUAGGUAAGUUUACCACUACUCAUGAGAAGUAUGAAGGAGAACUUGAACGAAUAAAUAUUGAACUAGAAAAAAUGAAGGAUAAGUAUGAGAGAUCUCAGAUUGAAUGUACAAAGUCACAACAGAAGGUGGAGAAAAUGGAGAGUGAAAAUGAGAGGCUUAAGAGUGAUCUGCAGUUGAGUCAGGAACAACUUGAACGUUUCCUGUCUGCACAAGACCGCAACAAAACCGAGGUAGAAAAGACGUCAAUAGAAGUAAACAAGUUGAAAGACAGAUUAGAGCGUACGCAGGCCGACCUUACUCGUGCUCAAGCAGGAAAGGAAAAAGCUGAGUUGGAAGUUCAGCGAUUGACCCAUGAGAUGGAAAGGUCACAACAACACAUGUCUAAAUAUCAAGAGAGUAAUGAGUCAGCUAAGAUUGAAUUUGAAAGAAUGUCAGUGGAACUUGAGAAACUUCAUGAACGUCUUGAAAAGUCACAAAUUGAACUUAGAAGAGCUACUGAUGUUAAAGAGAGACUUGAAACAGAAAACAGAAAGCAUAAGAGAGAUUUAGAUGAAACCAAAUCCAUGAUUGGUAAGGCUACUGAUUUCCAACAAAAGUCCAAUAAUGAUCUUGACAAAUGCAAAGAAGAGAUAAUAAGACUAAAUAAGGAACUUGAGAAGGCUAAGAAUGAACUCUCCAAAGUUGCAACAGAGAAAGAAAGGCUGAAUACAACCCAAGAGAAACGUGAGAAGAUGAUAUCAAAAUUAGAAUCGGAUUUGAAACAGCUACAAUCCGAACGUGAUCAACUUGUAAAGCAGUUAGAAAAAUCACAAGAUAUGCUUCUAAACUUCCAACAAGAAUUAAAGAAUAGUGAGUCGGACUUGCAGAAAUCAAGGGAUGAGAAUAAGCGAAUUAAGUCUGAACUGAACAAUACUACUAAAGAAAUGGAGCAGGGAGCUAAGGACAUGUUAGACAGUAGAGAAAAAGAGAUUCAGAGACUUGGUGGACAACUAUCUGCCAAGGAAAAAGAAUUCAUUGCUUUGCGAGCAGAGGCAGAGAAAGAGGUACAGCGGCUCCAGCAGGAGGUACAGAAAGCUCAACAAACUGCACAGGCUGCUCAGAAGGAGGCAGGACUAAUUCAGAGGGAAGCUGAGAAAGAACUAAAGAACUUAAUUGUUCAGUUACAAGGAAAAGAAAAAGAAUUAGGAAUCUUACGAAGUGAAGCAGAGAAGUGCAAAAUACGAGCAGAAAAGGCAGAGCGAGACGCAGCAGAUAUGGAUAAACAGGUAAAGGAGAAUAGUAUGAAGGGUGAAGGUGAGACUGUCAAACUACAACAGUGUAUCACCUCGGAAAAACAAAGGGCAGACCAGGCUGAACGAGCUGUCCAGGAAAUGCAAAAGCAAAUGCAAACUAUGGCACAAGACAGUCAAAAGACAAAUCAGCAAAUACAGCAACUGAAUCAGCAGAAUCAAGACCUAAGUAAACAGAUACAACAAUUAACCCAACAACAUCAUCAAACACAACAACAAAAUCAAACAUUACAAAAACAAGCACAACAGUCUCAACAUCAAAUACAACAACAAACACAACAACUGCAUGCUUUACAGCAGCAAAUACAACAACAACAGCAACAAUUACAGAAACAGAGUAAUAAUCCACGUGACAACCCAGACACACAGAGAUUAAAGGCUGAUUUGGACAAAGCAAACAAUGAGUUGAAGAAUUCUGCAGUUGAAAAACAAAGGCUUCAGAGUCAGCUCGAGUUGCUGGUGACAGAGCUGGAGAAGAAGCAGCUCGAUCUACACGAGGCCAACCAGAAGCUACAGAACGGCGCAAGGCCUGGCAAUGAAUCACAAGUGAUUAAAAGGCAAUUAGAGGAACAGAUGAAGAUGGUGGAACAGAAGGUGCAUUCCCUAGAACAAAGAAACAAGCAACUGGAUGAGAAGGAAAAGACAUUAGUUGAACUGGAUAUACGACUAAACAAAAAGAGAGAACAAAUUAACAACAUGGAACAACAACUUGCCAGAUCUCAAACAGCAGAUGGAGCAACACCAUCGGAGGCCAAUAAGCAGUUGGCUGAAUUGAGGAGAGCAUUAGGCGAAAGAGAAAAGGAACUAGAUGCCUUAAGUAGGGCACGAGAAAAAGCUGUAGCUGAUGCUUCUGCUGCCCAGUCUGAGACAGAGAGACUUCUACAAGUGAUGCAGAUGGGCCAGGAGGAACAAUUUGCUAAAGACAAGGCAAUUAAAGACCUUCAAGAAGCCUUAAGGGCAGAAAGAGGUGGUGCUGGUGGAGGAGGAGGGUCAUUAGGUGGAGGAGGCCAACCAAAGAAGGCCUCCGUAGCAUCUACCCCAGGUACCCCAGCUAAAAUGGACGGCAUGCCUGCCGGACUUACCACAGCUUCAGCUGGCCAAAUGGCAGCGUCAGCAGCAGAAAAGGCUUCAGCAGCAUCAGAAGCUGCCAAGGCCACAUUAGAGCAGGCGAAAAAUGUAGCACAGCCGCCAGAAGAACUUCCACAUUCAGAUCACCAAGAGUUAGAUAUGCUAGAGAUGGAAGGCCGACAAAGGGAGUAUAGACUCCACAUCGACCAAAUGGAUGUCGAUAUCAAACUCAAAGAUUCACUCAUUAAUAACCUAAGUAAUGAGAAUAAAAGGCAGAGAGAGCAUAUACAAGAACUAGAGGAAGAGAUUCAUUCAUUAGAGGAGGAAAUGAAGAAGAAUGAGAAAAUAGAGGAACUAGAACAGCUGGUGGUGGUGGUGAAGCACAAGAAUGAGAGGAUCGAGGAGUUAGAAGAAGCAUUAAGACAGAGUGUCAGGAUUGCCACUGACAUGGAACUGGAAAAGCGGGACGAAGAAGACCGAAGAAAGGAGAUAACGGAAAAGCUUUCUAAACUUGAGAUUAGAUUAGCAAGUGCCCAAAAUGCUCAGAAUCUUCGAUGCACAUCUUGUCGUCCCAUACGACAGAGACUGUCACAGGUGGAAUCUCGCCAUAAUGCUUUGGUCAGUGAGCGGCGGCACCAUCUACAGGAACUUUUUGAUAUGAAACAUGAGGCACUGACAUCAGCACUGAGUGAGAAGGAUGCCCACUUGGCCCUUUUGGAGGUAGGAGGAGUGAGAUCUUCCAGAGCAGCCCAAGAGUUAGAGACGCUCAAGAAGGAUCGCACAAAUCUAAUGGAAUCCAUCAAGCACCUAGGUGAAGAGCGGGUGAGGUUGAGUCAGGAGUAUGCAGUCAUGGAUAUCAAGCUUGAUUCUACCCCACCAGAAACACCUCCACCCCAGCAGGACAUAAGGGAGGACACUGGUGAGGAUGCCCAGGCUGCUAGGACCCACCUGUAGAGCAUCCUGUAUCCUGCGCCAGAAGAUGGCCAAGCAUUGUGACUGAACUGGAAUAUUGUCUUCAUGAAUCUUGUCUUCAAGAUCUACACUCUCAACUUUGUGGAAAUGAUCCUGGGUUUACAGCAUUGUAGAGGACAUGUCCAGAGACUUACGGCUCUUUACAGGAUGUCCAGCAUUGCUACAAGGGCUUGAACUCCCUCCUGAAACACGCUUUAACGCACCUUUUUAGUCCUCUGGAUUCUCAGCUGCCAUUCAAUUUCGGAUCGUCCACAAAUAAGGUUUCGAUUCCAUCCAUCAACAUGAUCUCUGAUUCUCUAGUGAAUGUAUUAAAGAUUUCUGUGUUUUCUUUUGAAGAGAGUUAUUUGUUUGAUAUCAGUGAGGAAAAUCUAAAUGGGAUCAUCAGUACAAGUGAAGUUUAAUCCUAAAAGUGUUUGUAAUUAUUGAAAAAUGUGGGAUAUGGCCUAUUGUGCAGUUGGCAAUAAAACCUCAUCUGUAAGUAAUAUAACACUUGAGGUUCAGUUUGGAGAUACAAUACUACAGUACAUAGGUAGUUAUGACUUGUUAAUACGUACUAGUCUCUGGAUAUUAAAAAUUGGAACAGUCAUCAGAUUGUUAUCUUGGCUGCUUAAACUGCCAAUAUUGAACCUUGAUGCUAUCCACUGAGGUUAGCAGAGUCCUCCAACAAGUCUGUUAGUGUGUAGCUUAGUGAGACCUAGUUACGAAAGGACUAUUUUGGUACCAGUUUUAUCUGGCUAUGCUAUGCUAUUUUUAAGAAUACACUAACAUUUCAGUAUACAAUGUUGAGGUUGUAUUUGUAAAAUGGCAAAGUUAAAAUCUAACUUUUGUGCAUAAAAAUAAAUAACUUUCCAUGCUUCCAAUAUGUGGCUUCUUAAGGUGUUGAAUAAUGUUCAGCGUUGUGAUGAUGGUGAUGUUGUCCAGUGCAUUACAGGAUAAGAUGUUCACUCCUGGUCAUAGCUCUAUGGCAAUGAUGAAUUAUGCUUUUUUAAGGAUUUAAAAACAGUUGAAAAUAUAUGCUAUAUCUUCAAAAUUCAAUAUAAAUAGGAAAGAGUGAGCAAUAUGAGAAUUAUAUUUUCAUAUGUCAUAAGUAUUGUGAAAGAAAUAUUUUGCACAUUAUAAAACUUUCUUUCAACAGUACUGUUCUCAGAUCAUCUCUGCCAAAUCCAUGAUAUGCUGAAAACAAAGCAUAUAUUAGUGUCUCUCCAGUGGUCAAGCAUCAGUUUAAUAAAGGGGCGGUCGAGGUGCCCCCAGGUGGUUAUUGGUCUUAUGGGUUGGUACAAGUUCCCUUCUUGUUAGGGGCUAAGUUGUCCCUAAGUGGUGGUCAGCAGUGUUCUCCAGUAGCACAUAUCAUUGGUAGAUCUGUGUCUUGGGCUGACUGUUCAAGACAUGCUAGAUGAAUUCCCCAAGCAGUGUCCCAUGUAGUGAUGUCCUCACUGAGUGUUCCCUUUCUGGAGACAGUUUCUGACAAGGUUCAGAAUAAAUGUCUUCAUCAUAUGUACACAAAUCAUAAACAAUUUGAUGAGGUGGACAUAGGAAGGAAAUUUGUGUACAGUCUGUAUUUUAUGUAUGUAAAUGUAUAUAAGAUAAAUCAAUCAGAUUAGAUAGUUAGCGUGUUUGUUAGUCUGUAAAUUUUAGCAUCACAUUGCCAUCAGUGCCACUCUGAUGAAGGGGCUGACAUGGGCUACAAAUGAUGAAUUCUGUUUGAGAAUGCCAGAAACCAUUGAAAAGUGAAUAACCGUCAGGUGCAUCAUCACCUGUGUAUCAGUGCGAAUUGAACCCCACACUUGAGCCCCCGGAUCUUUGGCUGUCUCCUUGCCUGUCACGGAUCAUGUCUCUUUGAUGGUAAAGCCUCCAAAGAGGCAACUAAUCAAAAUAUAUUGGUGCAACAGUAAGCAUAUUUUAAGUGUGCCACUAAACACUUCUCACCUCCCUUUGAGUCCAACAGCUCAAGAAAUCAAUAUGUAUGUGGUGUGUGCGGAGUUCAGCUCCGGGGGCCAAUAUGUGGACUUUAUGCUCCUCUCAGAACAAAACUGCCGAUGGACUUUUCUGUACUCAAAUUUUAGAGAAUCAUUUUUUAAUGCAUGGUAUAUUAUGGUGUCACUGGUGAACUCUUUAUGAGAGGACGAUUAAUGCCCAGUGAAGGUUGUGUGCUACCCGGGUCGUCAGGUCAGUGUCAGUAAUUACCAACAACAGUUAACCUUCUUUUAGAGAUAAUAACAGACUUAUCAGUCAUUACCUGGCGUUUCUAAAGGUCUGUUGUAACAAGAAGUAAAUUAGUAUCUGCCUGUUGGGGAAACAAAGCUUCACAUUAGUUAUCUGGGGUUGUAAUAAUUAAUAGAAUUUUUUAGUAAUAACUUCAUAGAAAAUAGACGAAAAAUAGUUUAUACAAUUUGGUGAGUGUGUGAGCGUGACCAAGGGUAAGAUUGUGGGCAGAGGGGGGAGGGGGGCCACAACAACCAAGUCCACCUUACCAUUAUAUACACUGGCCUUACUUGCCCUCUUGCUGAUCAUUACUUGUGACAGCAGAGUGGCAUAUAUUCUCCUGUUCCUCUUUUAAACUUUAUGGAGACAAAAAUAAUUAAACAUCAGACAUGUCUUGAUUGGUAGUGAAGGGAUAUUUGGGAUGCCAUUAUGAUUAAUCCUGGUCUAAUAAUUUAAACCACUUGGGUAGAUUCAUCUGUUCUCAAUGCAGUUCAUCUUUUUUAUAUGUAACACAAGCCCUUUCUAGAUACUGCCAGAAUUUAUUCACUUGAUUGAGUAAACUGUAGAGAAUGUAUGAGUUUUGUAUUAUGUGACAGAUGUUAGGAAAUGUUAAUAUCACACAUACUGUUAUAUAAAUCUUGGGUGCAAUACAACAGGUGCUGGGGAAGGGUCAGUAAUUUCUGGCUUUACGAAGUGGUGGUUUCCAAAUCCCAACAGAAAUGACAUUCAUGAUAAACUAACCAGCAUGUCUUUCUGCUUACUCUUAUAUGUCCUGCAUUGAACUUUGUCAUGUUAAGUUGUUGAUAAUAAUACUGCCCCUCCAUGGAUGAUCACGAAAAGUUAUUAAAAAACAAAGCAACAACCUUUCCUCUGUCUCAAGCCCACACACACACACACACACACAUAUAGACACACAUAUUACAUUCUUGGCCUUCAUUCUUUGUGACCUAAUCAGUAACAUCAAGCCAAUGGUAAUAACUGGCAACUUUGUCUGUGGUAUGAAAAGGAGUUCAUUGUAACAUCAUGUAAUAGUGUUCACUGUUUAUACUCAUUGCCAACUUAUUUGUUGAAUUACCAGUGUGUUAGAACUUAGGUCAUUGAGAACGUAGCUAUGGAUAAACACAAAUGUAAAUGAGAGGAUUUAAAGUUUCAUUAGCUGUAAAUAAUACCCCAGAAGAUGGUUUGUUUAUAUAGUGAAAGAAAAACUGUCCUGCAGAAGGUUAUAUAGCUUCUAGUUACAUUAAAUAUUCUGGAGAACAUUGAAAAUAAAGUUAUUACGCUAAAAAUUUAAUCUGGAAGACUUUAUGGAGUAAUUUGAGCAGUUUUGUUUUAAUUUGUGAGUUGGACUUGGCUGUCCAGUGACUGUUUACAUCUUCCUGCUUGUCUCCAGACUGACAGCCUUUGUCUUAAGGGAUUUAUAUUCAUAUCAUUCUUUACACAGGCCAGUACACAUCCCUAUUUCUGUAUAUACUGCUAUUUUCACUAACACAUAGUAUUCCAGAAUUACACAUAAUUACCUUCAUGUACAUUUCUCUCUCCCCUAACACAUGGUUGUUCAUGUGUAUAAACUUCUCCUAUACACGAUUUCUCAUCAUUGUGUAUUGUAUACACUUCUCUUACCUGUGUCGCCACUGCACGCUACAAUACUUGGCUGCCCUGGAAACAGCCACCUGCUCGUCACACUACUUCUACUCCAGUAUUUAUCACCAGUACAUCAUAGCUUCUGACCUAUACUGUACUGUACUCCCAGUUAGUAUGGGUAAUACCUUUGACUUGAUACUUUCGACUGGCCCUUUUGACUAAUACUUAUGACUGGUACUUGUAGCUGGUACUUCUCAUCAUUACAGCUAAUACUCCUGACUAUUACUUUUGACUGGUACUGUACUUGUGAAUAGUACCUUUGACUAGUGUUUUCAGUCAGUACUGCUGGUACUUUUGACUAGUACUUGUGGCCCCACUACCUUGAAUCUCACGUGCCAUUCUUUUUCAGUGUUUGGUUGAAGGUAUAGAUUCUCAUUUGUGUAUAUAGUGUGUAUGUACACUGUAUAUACAUGCGUAUACAUACAUGUACUCAUGUAUUUUGGGCACAAAUAUAACAUUUAAUGUAAAGCUAACAUGUAAGGUCAACAUUUUCUGAGAUAUAAUUUGUUGCGUGCCUGUGAUUUCUUUUGUUGUCAUCAUAUCUCUCAAGUUGGGUAUUAUGUGCCACCAAGUGAGACUCUGACGUCUGCAUCACCAACACUCCACUGCCUGGGUCUGUGCCGGGGUCCUACUACGAUCCUUACCAUGGAUCUGGUUUCUGAUCAUCCUAUAUCUCCCAGAGCACCACUUUUUAUACCUGUGACCUGGUAAUCCUCAGGUCCACGGAUGUUGAAUUGAACCACUGACCGCAUGUUGUGAAAAUUUAAAACUGCAGAACAAUGCAAUAAAAACUUAUCAAAUGCUAUAGCAGUUCAGUUUGUUGUGAUGUCAAAUUAUUAGUAAAAAGAAACAGUGCUAAUAUUUGAGAAAGAAGUGAACAUUUACAAAUGGUCUGAAAAAGCUGUCGGAAACUUAAUUCAUACUUGUAGUCAGUAAGGUUUAAUGAUAAAAAACAUAUUUGUGAGAACACGUCACAAAUAAACAUAAUGGAUAUUUUUUCCAUAAACUGCCAAUAUCCAAGAAGUGUGGUGUGAUGUGUACUGUUCUGCGCUGCAUUGCCUCAUGGAACCCCGGCCUCACCUAAUUGACCCAAAGCAUUAUCGGAGUGUGUAGCAUAAUACUGUGUUUCUGUGGAAGAUAGUUGUAAACCCAUAUGCAGUUAAGGUUGAGAGUUUACACAGAACAUUCACUUGUUUCUCAACCUUAGAAGCAGUUGAGGAUUAGUACUAUGUUCCCUCGACCCACAUAAAUAUAGGACAUUCCCCCCCCCCAUGAAGUAACUCUAGUGUGUUAGUGUGUUGUGGAUGCUUUCUAUGGUGGUCGCUGUACAAGGGUUUAUUUUGUGGCAGUGAUACAUGAGGAAUAUAAGUCAGUGGAUGCAUCUAGGUUAUGUAGCAAGACACUGUACAUUGAUUUAACACAGUGGAUUUAGCAGAGUUAUGGAUGAGCGGGGCAUUGCGGACAGUAUCUGUACCGUGUCUCUUUGCCAGAGUAUCUUAACCUACGCCCUACACUGAAUAUCUUAGACCUUUCUCUGGACUACUACUUGACACCAACCUCUUAUUAAAUAUGAUAAAUGAAAAGUAAAAAUGAGAGAAAAACAUUCCUUUGGGCAUUACAAGAUGUCACCAAAGUCCAUGAGAUCGAAAACUAAUAUCAGCCAUAAGAAAUAAUUAUACACCUUGGCAUUUGUCACCACAGUUGGUUGAUGACUUAUCCCUGCUCAUGUCAUAAUAGAGGGUUAAUGACAAGUGGUGGUGUAGAGGCAGUGUCUACAAGCGAACUUAAAAGAGUAGCCAUGUUGAUGUUUAGCUCGCAAGUUGUUGUCUUUUUCUUGACCUCCCAGCUCCCUACUUCUUGACGUCAUGUCCAGCAUGUUGAACAAUAAAGUUGAUCUUGCAA